GGUAUGUCCGGCUGGGCGAGGUAAACCCUUCAACGGCGACGCCAAUUCUUUUCGGUGUCAAACAGCACAGAAGUGCUAUCGCUGUGAAGAAAAAUGACGAAGGGUACUUCGAGUUUUGGAAAGCGCCGCAAUAAGACCCACACGCUGUGCAGACGCUGUGGGCGCUCUUCUUAUCACAUCCAGAAGCACAGGUGUGCUCAAUGUGGAUAUCCGUCAGCAAAGUUGCGGUCCUACAACUGGUCGGAGAAGGCCAAGAGGAGGAAGACCACAGGAACUGGACGUAUGCGCUAUCUCAAGAAUGUUCGCAGGCGAUUCCGGAACGGAUUCCGUGAGAAUGUUACGGCUAAACCACGCAAGGCACAGACAUAAGGAGAAGAGAUUUGUGUAAAAAUUGUGUGAGAAAUUUUUUAAAUUAAAAUUUGCCGUACACACCUUAUAAA